AUGAAGGCAUCUGCAGCGACGCUCCCUACAAAUUCUAUAAACUCGUCGGCCUCGUCCUCCGUUAAAGCAGCAUAUAAAAUCAAGUCAAAUAUCGAUAAUAUGGAGCAUUCAGCUUCAUCUUCCACUAUGGCAUACUCUUCUAAGAGCAGUACUAUCCCCGCCAUUAGCCUCAAGCUUCUUGGAUCUGCUACACAAAAUGGAAAAUCACCUUUAGACCUUUUACUCGCAAACCCGAUUCAGUUCGUAAAAGCCUCCGUCAUGUCGCCGGUUUAUAACAGGCCUCAGACCGAAAAAUUCGGCGCAUCGAGUGCGGAUUUUGAAAGCCCAAAAUGGAUAAAGUCUCGAAAUAACUCUCGUGUUACAGGUACUAAAGAGUACAAGAUUUUACCAGGCGCACCGGAUGCGGCCAAGGCUAAGGUCACUGUGACCACUUCUGAAGGAUCUUCCGCCCCCCCUGUGAAGAAACCUAUCGGAUUUUCUGUUGUUAUAAAUGGGAAAGAUAGUUCCCCACCAGUUGUUCGUGAAUAUAAAGAACAAAUGAAACUAGAAGCAAAGAUCAACAAUAAAGCUGUGACUGAUGCUACAGAAAAUGGCGUUACAAAAGAUCACCAAAGUCUUACAAAUGGGGACACUAAAAUGUCAGAAAUACCAUCCGCUGAUGACAAAAGUCCCAAGUUGCGUACCAAAGUCUUGACAAAUGGCGAUGUACCAAAGGCCAAGACCCUCACAAAUGGUGAUGUCACGCAAAAAAAGAUAAAAAAGAAACUUGAUAGUGAUACCACAGCAGUGACGGAGGAGCCCGUUAAGCCUUCAAAAAAACGAAAAGCCGAAGAACUAGACGGCCCAGCCGCUCAAAGACCCCGAAAGGACAUCAACGAGAAAUCCAAACAGAGCGAGUCUUCAGUGACGAGAUCAACAAGGACUUCGUCACUCAAGACAAAAGGCUUCCAUAACAGAGCUAACGAUUGUUACCGAAACUCGGUUCUUCAAUUGAUUUGCAGCAUUCCUGAGCUUGAGGAGGAAAUUGCAAAACACAAUUCUGACAAGUGCAGGAUAACUUCGUGUGUAUGUUGCUUUUUAGGCGAACUUAUCGCCGAACAUCAUUACGAGUCGACAUCCCGCUCCCGGUCCAAGACAAAUGAGGUGUUGAGGGGAAUUAAUUCUCGCCUAGGAAAGGUCCUUCCUAAACAGUUCAAGAGUAUGCGUCAAGAGGAUGCCACAGAGUACCUCCAUGCUAUCUUACACACUUGUAAAGACCAGCUGAACAAACGCAUCAAAGACGUGGCUGAAAAAGGAAAGAAGACUCCCAAGGAGGAAGACUUGAAAAACAACCCCAUCGACAAGACAUUCGAUGCGUCCUUCCCGUCAGUUCUUACGUGCCCGAAAUGUGGCCACAGGUCUUUCAACAGAACCGAUCUACCGUCCUUAAUGCUGCUACCGUCCAUUAGGCCCAGUGAGAAUCGGCAAGGAAAUGCGAUUUCCGUUAAGGAACUCCUCGACGACCAUUUCAAGCCAGAGAGAGUCGAUGCCACUUGCGAGAAAUGCAAAUUCUCUUCCGGAAAGAAAUUUACCAAGCAGGUUGAAGUGGAAAGAUUGCCGAGAGUGUUGGUAUUGAAUGUGGUUAGGUGGACUUCAGUUGUGAUGAAUCGGGGUUACAUCAAGGCCGACAAGAUCAUGAACAGACUGAAGUACGAUGAGAAAAUGACGAUGCAAGAGAAGGGAAAGACGGUCCAUUAUCGGCUCAUUUCUGUAGUGGCACACUGUGGCAGAAGUUUGUCAGCCGGUCAUUACAUCUCCUUUGUUAAGCAGCCAGACGGGAAAUGGGCAUUAUGCAAUGACAAUUUUGUAGAUGAAACCGGGUGGGAUACAGUCGCGAGAGCGGAUGGCAUGCAGGCGUCAAUCCUCGGAUACCAGCGCAUCGAGUGA